GAUUUUAACACUCGAUAUAUUUUUUUUCCUUUCCUUUACAUUUUUUUUCUGAUCUUUUUCUGCCAAUCAAUAAAAGUUAGACUUUUUAUUACAUUUUUGCAGAUUUUCUUCUUCUAAAUUUUUUCUCUCUGUGCAUUCAUCACCAUGACAGUGAUGAUAAUGAUCAGGUUAUCAUCAGUACCUUUAAGACUUUCAUGAUGAGAAGAACUUAAUCCAUACUAUUUUUUCAGUGUAAUGAUAUGGAUUUCUUCCCUGCCAAUUUCAUGUUACAUCAACAACAACAACAGCAACAGAAUAAUGAAGAAGAUCAUCACCAACAUCACUCUAUCAAUCCAAUGCUCAACUCUUGCAAUCCUCAAGACUUCCAUGGUGUUGCAUCACUGCUAGGGAAGAGAUCAAUGUCAUUCUCUGGAGUAGAGCUAAUGCGCGAAGAACUGAAUGGAGACGAAGAGUUAUCGGAUGAUGGAUCACAAGCUGGAGAAAGAAAAAGAAGAUUAAAUAUGGAACAAGUAAGAACACUAGAGAAGAAUUUUGAGUUGGGUAAUAAACUUGAACCUGAAAGGAAGUUGCAGUUAGCUAGAGCUUUAAAUCUUCAACCGAGACAAAUAGCUAUAUGGUUUCAAAACAGAAGAGCAAGGUGGAAAACAAAGCAAUUGGAAAAAGAUUAUGAUGUUUUAAAAAGACAGUUCGAAGCUGUUAAAGCUGAUAAUGAAUCACUUCAAGCUCAAAACAAGAAACUUCAUGCUGAGAUACUGGCUCUGAAAUCAAGAGAGCAACCAACAGAAUUAAUCAAUCUCAAUAAAGAAACUGAAGGAUCGUCUAGUAAUAGAAGUGAUAACAGUUCUGAUCUCAACUUAGACAUCUCAAGAACAUCAGCAAUUGAUAGUCCAAACCCAACUAGUAGACCUUUCUUUCCUACAUCAGUAAGGCCUACUACCAUGGUUCAACUACUUCAAAGCUCAUCAGUUAAAUCAGAAUACCAAUGUCCAAGCAGGAUUGUCGAGCAUCACCAGACGGUUCAAGACGAAGGGUUUUCCAAUAUGUUUUGUAGUAUCGAUGAUCAACCCGCCUUUUGGCCGUGGGCAGCACCGGAACAUCAACAAUUUCACUGAGAUGGAUGAAUGAACAAACCCCGACAUUCAAAAAUAUCGUCCGAGUCCCCGCGUAAUUGGACAUCUGUUUAAGGGUAUUCAACUGCAAUAUUGAAACUGAUGAUGCUCAUGGUUGUUGCAAAUUGGUGUACAAAAGAGUUUUUUAAGUACUGUUGUCAUGUUAUAUUUUUGUUGAGCAUAUAUCAGUUUGGAGGAACUAAGAGCUGCUGCUGCUGCUGCUACUUUUGUGUGUCUGUGGAUCAAAACACAGAAUCUAAGAAUAGAGAAAUUCUAUUUAAUUAUAUAUUUGGUUGGAGAAAGGAAUCAGUUAAGCUCUAAACUAGGUUGGUCAUGAAGCUUUUUUCAUAAGGUCUACUUAGUAAUGGACCAUGUCUUUAAAAUGUGUUUUUUGUUUUUACUUUUUGGUGGAGGUUCUUUCUUUUUACUUUGCUUUGUUUUUAAGAUUUGUGUACUUGAGGAAAGGGGGUUACCAUUUGUUUAGAAGAAGAAGAAAAAAAAAAGUUUAAACUAUUAAAAAAAAAGUGUGAAAGAAAACAAUCAACAAAAUCUACUGAAAGUUCUCUCAAAGUUAAUGAAAGAAAAGAAGAUUGAGACAUGAGAGAAAAGAGAGAAAGGAAUCUAAACACACACUUCAAGAAGUUAGAAAGAAGACAAACAGAAAAGGAGGAGAAGCAAACAAAAACAGGGUCGGAAAUUGGGUUAUUCUUGUGAAUGAGACCCCCCAUUGCAGCUGAGCUGACAAAUGAAGAAGAAGAAGAACAAGGCCAUUCAAGCUAAGCUAGCUACCAAUCUCUAUCUCUCUCUGUACAACUUGAUGGAGCUGCAUACAUGUGACCCAUUACACUUUGUCACCUUCUGUGGUAUGUCUGUUUACUAUGUGUUAGACCCCCCAAUACUUGUCAUUACUAUUUUUAUCUGUACUGCUAGUUUUAUCA